AUGGAGCUUGCCUUUACACCUCCACAGCCAUUUGAUUUUGAAAAUAGUCUGACUAAUGUCACUUCCGGAAAUUUGAGUCGAGAAUGGGAGCGUUGGAAGAAAUCUUUUAAUAUCUACUAUGAGGCGUGUGAAAUAUCAAAGAAGAGUGACAAAGUACAAAUUAAUAUUCUAUUGCAUGUCAUUGGAGAUAAAUGCAGAGAAGUUAGUGAACAAUUUACUACAGAAUACAAGAAUGUAACGGAAUUAUUAAGGUUAUUUGAUGCAUUUUUUAUACCGAAAAAGAACUUGGCGGUGGAACGACAAAAAUUUUUCAAACGGGAUCAAAAAGAAUUUGAGUCCGUCGAACAGUAUGUAUUUGAGCUAAACAAGAUUGCAUCUACGUGUGAGUUAAGAGAUUUAAGGGACGAUUUAAUAUGCAGCAGAUUGAUAUGUGGGCUUAGUGACGUGGCCCUUUCGGAACGAUUAUUGAGGGAACCGGAAAUAAAUCUAUCGAAAGCAUUGGAAAUUUGUAGACUAGCUGAAAUGUCUCGUAUGCAAGCAGCGAACAUUCAAAAUAAAUGCAGCAGCCAUCAGAUACAUACAAUUGCACAAAAUAUGGAGAAUAAUCAAUCAGUGAGGGCAGACAUGGUGAAACGUAGUAAUAAACAACGGGUUCGAAGCAGCGAUGGAAGCUGGCGUUCGUCGAGCGAGCAACCCCCUUUCCCGCCUUGGAUCGGCGUUACGCUGCUGGUGUCGCGUUUUCAAAUACACGUUAUCGUACUAAUACUUCAGUGA